AUGGCCCGUCCCACCGCAGCGCCGCAGCACCGCUCGAAGCGCCCGUUCCAGCCCGCCAUCACGAGCUACUUCCACGCCGCCGACGCCGCCGACGACGACGGCGACGGUCAGCGACGCGGACCGCGGCUCCGGACGAUUCCGCAGGCGAAGCCGCACCACGCAACCCUCGCGCCCGCCGUGCCCGACAGCGUGCAGUCCAGCCUGCUCAGCGUCGGCAUGCGCGUCCGCAAAGCCGUGCCCGAGGGCUACAAGACCCCCAAGAGCGUCCUGCCGUCCCUUCAAUCCUCGACCACAAGCCAGACACCGCUGCGCAGGCCCCAGUCGGCAUUCCGCGACGUCCACCCCGCGCUCGAGAUCCCGCACGACACGCGAGCCCCCUCGCUCCAGCACCAGCGCGAGCUGCUGCCCUUUUGCGGCCUGAACAAGAUCGGAGGCUACGCCGAGCAGCCCUCGGCCGCCGCCGUCUGCAGCGCGGCCACCAACGCGUUCCACCCGCCCCAGACAUUCACCCAGCCCUUCUCGAGCCAGGACAGCGGAUACGCCAGCGACCUGCAGCGCCCGCGCGGGAAACGCGGCUACGAGGACGACGCGCCGCCCCUCGGCAGCCACGGCUUCCUUUUCCGCAUACCGGCCCAGCUGCACGGCGAGGAGGACAUUCCCGUCAGUCCGCUGUCCGAGUCCCCGCCGCCCUCGCUGCCGCCGCAGAGACUGCUCGCCCAGCCCCGCGCCAGACGCCACGGCAGGCAGCGAGCGAGCGAUGCGGAUAUGGACUGGGACAUGGACCGCGAGGGCGCGCGUGUGCACGAGGGCCGCCUGGCUGCGGGGCACGCGAGUGAUUUCGAGGAAGCGGAUUUUCUCGACGGCGAGGUGGGCAUGGGCGGUGUUUGA